AUGCCUGUCCGUUUGAGUCAAAUCAAGACCGUUCGUGACUUGUUCAGAACGGCAGCUUUGCGGCCUGCUAGUGCAGAGAAACUCCGUUAUCCACCCAAAGCAUCCCUUCUGGAUCGUGUAUCUCUCUACCAGGGGGACAUAACGCAGCUUGAGGUCGAUGCCAUCGUGAAUGCCGCUAAUAAGAGUUUGCUUGGGGGUGGAGGAGUGGACGGCGCGAUCCAUGACGCUGCCGGUCCUGAGCUCUUGGAGGAAUGUCGGACACUGAACGGUUGCGAAACCGGUGAUGCCAAAAUCACGAAAGGAUACAAUCUGCCAUCUCGACAUGUGAUCCACACUAUUGGUCCCGUUUAUUCAAGGUCCAAUUUGGAAAAAAAGGCAGAGCAGCUGGCUUCAUGUUAUCGGACCAGUUUACAACUGGCCGCGGAUAACGCUCUGAAACAUGUCGCUUUUCCCUCGAUCUCCACAGGCAUAUACGGAUAUCCUAUCACGGACGCCACGCAUAUUGCUUUGACUGAGGUGCACAAAUUCUUGGACUCAGAGCAUGGAGAGAAACUUGACAGAGUGAUUUUCGUUGUGUGGAGCAAUACGGAUAAAGAUGUUUACGAGGAGCUCCUUCCACUGUAUUUCCCUCCAGAAGACUCUGCCUCAGAGCAAGAGGCCUCAUAAGCGUCAUUCACAUACCGGGUGUUGUCCGUCUUGUGUAACUAGGUAUAACUGGUCUCUAAGACGUUGACCUAUACAUCAAUGUACACUUGUAACGAUACGUACGUCUGCAAUAUGUUGUCCCUUGUGCUC